AUGGCGGCGCCCGGCGGGGCGGCGGCGGCGGGCGGGUUCGCGGCCUGGCUGGCGGCGCGGCUGGAGGCGCUGGGCCUCGACCGCGCUGUUUACGGCGCCUACAUCGAGGGGCUGCUCCGCGAGGAGGAGAGCGACGAGGAGCGGCUGGAGGCGAUGCGCGGCGUCCUGGCGGCCUGCCUGAUCACCACCUCAGCCACAGCCGUGAAUAUACCGUGUGUUUGUCCCUGUAGCAUCUCCUCCCCAAGGUGGGGACCUUGCUCUGUUGUGCGUACAGCCCUGACCAGUGCUCACGAUCUCGGCGCUUGGCCGCUUUGUGUGGUGGAAGAAGAUCUCUUAAACGAUGUUUGCAGGGAAGUAGUCGAGAAGUGGUCUGAAUCUCAGACUGUUGACGCCAAAGAGAAAAAAGAAGAUGAGAUCCAAGCCAUCGCCAGCAUGAUGGAGAAGCAGGCCAAGAUUGUGGUAAAGCCGAAGGAGGUCUCCCAGGAAGAGAAGCAAAGGAAAGCUGCCCUCCUGGCCCAGUAUGCCAACGUGACGGACGAGGAGGAUGGCGAGGAUGAACAAGAUGGAUCAAUUGCGACAGCAGUAAAUAUUGGAUCAGAAAAAUCGUUGUUCCGAAACACAAACGUGGAGGAUGUCUUGAAUGCCAGGAAGCUGGAACGGGAGCUGCUGCGAGAUGAGUUCCAGAAGAAAAAAGAGCAAGAUAAACUCCAGCGAGAGAAGGAUAAGCUAGCCAAGCAGGAGCGGAAGGAGAAGGAGAAGAAAAGGACACAAAAAGGCGAGCGGAAGCGAUAGCUGGCGUUUUCUGGUUGGACUCUCAAGGGAUAAAAUUAAUUACAGAUACGGUGUGUGUUUAAAAAGCAGCAGAAAUUCUGGGCACGUGGCUGGCGAGUGGCUCUUUGGAAGCGUUUGGUUUGGUUUUUUGUUUUAUUUUUUUUUUCACAUAGGAAAAAAGAGAUUUCAAGCACCUCUUAAACUUGAAGUGUGCCAUGUGCUCGUGGUGUCAAAUGUCCCAGUCAGUUAUUGUGGCCAAUGUCUGUACCAAAGAAUGGUGAAGUGAUUAUGUCUGUGUUUUAAAUUGAUCAAUUUUUUUUUUUUUUUUUACUUCUAACCACUUCAGGCAAAGCAAAACAAGAUGUAGGAGAGGGCUUCCAAGCUGGCCGCGUCCUGCCGGCCUUGGUUUGCAGCAACGGCACGUUAUGAUUUGCGAACAGAGCCGAGCCUUUUCUGACGUGUAAUUAAGGACAUGCUGCUGCAGGGCGAAUGUGAAUUCAUUUACACUAGCCUUGGAAAAUGUAUUUGCGAAUACAUGUAUUUAUGCUGCCAGGAACAACGCUACGUCUUCGUUCUGGCUGAGCCAAGAGAGCAGGGUUUGGAGCUGACCUCAGCGAGGGUAAGUGCUGCUCUGCAGCAGGAGAAACGUUAUGAAAUGCCUGAGUUGCAGCUGCGAGACUGCAUCACCGACAGGCUCUUGGUAAGGGAAAUGCCGCGCUGAUUUGAGCGCCAGCCAGAGCGGUAGCAAAUCGGUCGAGUCCUUAUGCUGUUUAAAGACUUUAUGCCGGUUAACUGGAAAAUGGUGCUCCCCAACAAUUCGUGUGGGUGAACGUCGACUGUUAUUUCUGAGGUGGUUGCCAGGGCGAAUGCUUUAACGGGCUCAGCGCUGAGCGGCUGUAAGCGAGUUGGAUGCGCUGGGUUUACAAGCUGGUUGCUCUCAGUGGGCACAGCUGCAAUCGGGAGCUGCCUGUGGGGGAUGAACACUUCCCUCGCCCCCAAAGGGCUCGUCACCUGCUGUUCCCAGCUGUUUUCGUGACGGUGUCACCUGCCUCUGGAGAGGAGAACACUAAUUUCUGUAAACUGAGUGUGAAGGAGGACCCGCAGUGCUUUCGGGGGCGUGGGAGGAACCAGCGUGCCUUGCCCCUGCGCUGCUUUGUGCUCUGGCUGCCGUGUUUGCUGGCGAGGUGCGCUCCUGGCAGCCGGCGGCUCCGGAGCUGCUGACGGUACCUGUACCCAUCGCCUGCUUUCAGCACCACUGAUUAAAGAGUCAUGCCUCCUGUUUAACUAGCUGCUGCAAGUGUGAGUAUCUAACUGCUUUAUCUUUGGACUUCAAUAAUAAAACUGGUUGGCCAAGGA